AUGCAAAUAAAAUUACUGUGUGUAAUAAUGUAUAUUAAAUUUUUAUUCCUGCUAUCAAUCGUCGCGCAUGCGAAAGAGAAAACUUCAACGUUUAAAAUUCAACCAAUCAGAAUCAAUCCAUUAAAAACAGCAAUAUUUAAAAUACAGUCAAAUGCAAAUUUAUUGAGAAAAUCAUUUGCAAAACGUAGAGAAGAAUAUGCAGAAGUUAUUAAAAGUAUACAUAUGGAGGAUAAGCAUGAUCGUAAAUUAAUAAUAAUCAUAGAAUUAAUUGAACAUAUAGUAGAUUCUAUUCAAGAUAGUUCAACAUUAAUAGAUAAUGCCAGAUCUAAUCUUAGCAAUGGAACUUUUCCAAAGAGUGAUAGUAUUAUAGAGGCCUUGUUUGUGAUAUUGGAGAACGUAGCUUUUUUUGGAGAUAUUGUUCUUCAUUUCCCAGAUAUGGUUCCUAAAAUUUUAAGGCUUGAAAAAAAAUGGAGAGAAAUACUAAUGUUAUCUGCACAAUAUACUGAUUCAAUUCAACAUUUUGUGGACGAAUCUACUAGUGCUGUAAUUUCUUUAGCUAAACAAGAACUUAAUAACUUAAAACGAAAAUCUGGAUCUACAAAUUAUGGAAAAAGUAAUAAUUUGUCCAAUGAAAAAAAAUUAAAGGGAUUCACAAAACCCGUGAAAUUAGAAUUAUAAACAUUCUUGUGAUAGUUUCAAUAAAAUAGGAUAUAUUUAAAAAUAUUCUUUAAUUUAAAUAAAUUACUUAAAAAGAUUUAUAUUUUGAUUCACUUAAUGUCAACAUUGACAAAAAAUUUGUUCUUUAUAUAUUACAGAUAUCAUACAUAGAUUUAUAUAUUUAUAUUAAUUCUUGAAAUAUUUAUAAUUCAUUUAAUAUAUUUGUAUAUAGGUAUGAAGUAAGUAUGUACAUAUGUGUUAAAUACGGUUUGAUAUUAAUAUAAACAAAAAUAACAUUAUCAUAUAAAAAUUAAAAGCAUAAUCUAUAUUAUAACUAGUGUAAAUCAUAUGUGAGUAUAAAUAAAUAUAAAACAUAUUAUCAUUAGGUUUAAAAUGAAUAUUAUUUGUUAAAG